AUGGGACCCAUUCGUCGCACUCGCAUGAACAUAAUGCGAGGCAUCGUCAAUCGGUUCAGGAAAUUGUUCGUUUCUGAUGCCAAUUCACAAUGCAUAAGAUAAGAGCCUUGGUCAUCGCAAGCUUGAUUUGCCAAGGACAACUGAGAGACCAAGAACUUUAGCGGUUGGGAAAAUUACACAAUAGAGCACUACAGAGUCAAGCCUAAGAAAGUAUCAGUUGCUAGUUUUAAGCGUAUUUUGUAUGAGAAAUUUAUAAAUAACUAGAAAGCUUCCUUCUUAAUUGAAAUAUGAUUUUAAGGUUGUCAUCAAUUAAUGUACGUAUUUUUGUUCGUCGAUAGGAUAACAAAUUUAUAGCCUUGUGAAGUGUAUAGCUUGUGAAUUAAAUACAAAACCAAUUUUUAGGUCGCUUUAUAGUGUAAUAGGGGCCACGAGUUCAUCAGUGUUUUUACUACGAAAAAAUGUAACCCUCUUUAGAUAGAGCCUUUACUUUCUUGCGAUCACACAUAGACUUUUAGAAUUCAGUUGAGCGGUUUCUGAUAUAAAGAAUAAUAUUAAGUCGACUAGACUUGAUGGUUGUCCAUUCGACUAAAAGUCUUAACCUUGUCAAUAAUAACCCGUGCACUUAUCUACUCAGGGAAAGAAAGACAAUUAUACAUUUAAUGCUAAUUACACAAAGUAAAAGGAUCUCUACGCCUUUAACUCAGACGGUUUGUCCAUUUUGAAAAUUUUAGCCUCAACCUUCACCUUUUUUAGUUGGAAGUGAAUCUCGCUGUGAUGCAGAGUACGUUUAUUUAAUUGGAAUUCCUAAACUAUAUGGGAGGCUGCCUUUUGUUUUCCUUUGAGAGGAGUUUGUCUCACCUACAUAAAUCUAGUUUCUCCAAUUUUGUUAAUGUAGCAAGAUGAUUACCUCACGCAUCAUGGUUCUCACUUAUGAUUUACUAGAGGACGGACACAAAGAUGACGUCUCCACGAACAAUCUUUUUCUUUUUUUAUCAAAUAACACAAAUGGAUUCCAUGUUGCUGUGACUCUGUACAGUAAUGAACCACAGGAUGUUACAUAAAGUAUGACUUCAUCUCUGAUCUGUUACUAUGUCUAGUGAGAUUUGAUCAAAAACGUACCUCAUAUGGAAUUUCAUAUCCACUCGUGUAGCAAACAAUGCGCAUCUGAAUUUUAGUAAUAGGAAUUAUGGCAAUUAUUAGGAUAUCCCGUAAUAACAUUUCUUAGCGCCUUACUUUUAUUAAGAGGCCAUCUGAUUUCCUUUAGCCGAAUUCAUUUGAUUCGUUUUGAUCGCUUUUUCCAUGUUUUAUUUUUUGUUGCUUGAGCAUCUGGCAGAAUUUUCAAUACCAUCUUAAUUCUACUAUGCACGGGUAUUUUGAAUCGUUUUUAACGACAACCUUCUCGAGACACGUAAAUCGCUCUGACGAAGGGCUAACGCUCGAAACGUCAGCUUUAAAACUUUUUACGAUGGCCAUUUUACGUUAUUAACCCAGUUGAUAAUACUAAAUUACCUUGUUAUACUCUCCCACCGUCGCAGUACCCUCUUUAAUCACAAUACAUGUUAAGGAAGAUAGAAAAACAACCAAUAGAAAGGAUAAACCUAAAAAAUUUCUCAAUGUGUUUGAGGGUUGUGUGGAUUUUAAUUGACCAUCUUUAAAAUUAUUGGCUAAGUUUAAAGAAGCCCUUUAAAAAACUACUCAUUUACUUUUAGAGGGUUUGAAGGAAGGCAUUUGCCCCAUUCCCCUCCCGGUCGAAGAUUGCGGAAAUAAGACUGAUAACGAGUGUACUAUGGAUUCAGAUUGUUUUUGUGAAAUGAAAUGCUGUUCGGAUUCUUGUCAGAAGCUGUGUGUUCAGCCUCCACAAAGUAAGUGGUCUCCUAUAUAUUUCCUUUGUUGUCGCCUUGUGUAACUUGGAGACUUUGGAAGUGUACACAAAGAGGUGAAAAAAAGAAAAGGCUUCAUGAAACAAUGUCCGUGCGCCCCCCUUCCGCCGCAAAAAAGUUGGAAAGUUUGCUAUUCAAGCAUAGUGACGACUUCCUUGAAAGUGGAAGCCUUAACUUUUUCUGUAAUUAACAGACCUCGUAAGUGCGCUGUCAUUAUUUCACGAGUACUACAUACCGUUUAGGACGGUGUGGUUCACAGAGGUGUCGCUCCAUUACGAGUUCGCCGCCUUCCAGUUCGCCCCCAUCAAGAAAAGUUCGCCUCUUCAUCUAAUAUAACCAAUUCGCCCCCAUCUAUAUCAUUUGCCUCAUGGUCACGACGCAGUGACCUUUCUGCGCUCGGUCCGUUGGUUAUUACCUCAAGCUAAAUAUUUUCGUCCGGCCCUCCCACUCAGCACAAAAACACAAUUCAAUUCUUGGUUUGUGUAGUGAAAGGAUGCAAUGACAUCCUUUAUGCUGGCUACAACACUAGUGGUGUUUAUACAAUAAACUCUGACAAAAAAACAGAGUUUGAGGUGUAUUGCGACCUAGCAACAGACAGUUGAGGAUGGAUCGUGUUCCAAAGGCGACAGCAUGCAUCUGUCAGCUUCCAUCGCACCUGGAAUUACUAUAGAUCAGGCUUUGGAGACUUUGGGAAGAAUUUCUGGCUAGGAAAUUACAAAAUUCAUCGUAUUACCGCAGCAAAUAAGAUGUUGCUGCCAAUCGAGCUGGAGGAUUGGAGUGGAAAGAAAGUUUUCGCUCAUUACAACAUGUUCAAUGUAGACAACGAAAAGAACAACUACAAGAUCACGGUCAUCGCUUACAAUGGUACAUCCGGGGAUUCGUUGAGUUACCAUAACAACAUGAUGUUCAGCACCAGAGACAAGGAUAACGACAUGUGGAAGACGGGAAGCUGCUCAAAUGACCUGACCGGGGGAUGGUGGUUUAACGAUUGUCACAACUCCGAUUUGAACGGGCAGUUCAUGGGGAACAUACAUAAAGUUAAAGCUCUUAUGGAAAUUAUCACUAGAGUAAGUUGUCACUAAUCGAUCGACAUGGAAUGCCCAGAUUCCUCAGAUCUCCCUGAACAGAUCCAUCACAAGGCAAAGAACAAUUUCUUUCAACCUUUCUAAAGAUAAUUUAAUUUCUUAUUUCAUAUUAAUUUUUCGUUUAAUUUGUAUGUAUAUAUAUAUAUAUAUUUUUUUUUUAUAGGUAAUUUAGUAUUAACAACUGAGUUGAAAACGUAAAUUGGCCACCGUAAAGAGUGCAAAGGCUGACAAUUUGAGCGUUAGCCCUUCGUCAGAGCGACUGGAGGAGUUGUGGGUUGUGUGUAGGUUUAUAUGCAGACAAUGAGCUACACUGUCGGUGGAAAUAUGGUGACGGGAAAACAAGAAUUUUUCAUUUCAACCUGAACUCAACAUUCCCUAUUUGCAACAGAGGACAAACUUUAACAUGCAUAUGAUUUAGAGAGAAAAAUUAUGGAAGAUCAUUUUAUUUAUCUAUUAGUAAAGUUGCGACUGGCCCUAAUUGCUUCGAGUGGCUGACAGAUGGAGCAAAACUCUUGACCAAUCACUUAACGAUGUGAAGGGAAACUAAUUCAAUUCCUGACUGUUUUUGACACCGCUCAUUUGCAAACUACUCUUUACCUCUGGACGAAAUAAAUUUAUGGUCCUGUUAUUUGCCGGAUCGUUGUUUUUCAUUCGUUCUUUAUUUUCUGAGCCUCACAGCCUAAAGUCUUUCAUAUUCUAAACACAAUAUUGCAUUUUUCACACUUAAUUUUCAUGUAUUGAUGUCACAAAAAAACCAGCCAUCAUUUUUAAUUUACAUCUGCCGUCUACACGAACAAUAGACAAACUUCCUGUAUUCUUUUUGUUUAAGCGUCUUAUGCAGAAUUAUUGUUUGAUAAAAUGUUUUAUCUGUAUUUCUUUCGGUUGAAAUAUGUAAAAACAUUACAUGGCCAUCACUAAACUUUUUCUGAGCCAAGUGCAGCUGUUUAUGAACUGAACUGGAUACGGGACUUGUGAGGAGGUGGUCAAAGUGAGAGCCGAACGCGGUUGGCGUCUAUAUGGAGGGGAAGGGCUAUCCGUAAUAUCUACUACCGGAAAAUAUUCCCAUGCUACUCUAAAACGACUGAAAAAUAUGCCGGUAUCACCUCAGUUUAGUAAGUUUGCCGAACAUUCUGAUUACCUCCUAGAUCCGCCACAAACGAGUGCGUAAUUUAUUCGUAAUAAUUAUUUUUGUCUCUCUCCCCACCCCUCGCCAACCAUAAAAUUCUCGGUCUCUGAAGAUAAAAUUCAGUGUAUUCAGGCGAAUUAACUAAUGAGGAAACAUAUGUUAACUGCACUUUAAUUUAACUGACUAUAAUGUUUUUUUGUUUAUUCCUUUUGAUAGAUAAAAAAAAAAAUAUGUUAAUGACAGCUUUCCUUCAAAUAACUUCUUCCAAGUAUAAGUCCCAUGUUUAGUUGGAAUGUCUUGAAGCAUUAAACAGAUCAUUUGUUUUAGUUUUAACUAACGCCGAGUGAAAGCGAUACUCGAUGCUUUUUUCAAAAAUUCAAAUGCCGGAGUUGAAGACAUCUUGACUGUAGGUGCAGAUGGCUUCGACUGUGUUUUGUGCUCGUGAUUGACAGCUACAUAUGACUUAAAAUUUUCCGUUUUAGAAUUGGAAAAUAUCAGAGCCACUGUAGUUUUAACGCUCAGCUCUCAUGGCGAAAAACGUUAGCGACCUUCUCAACGAAUCUUUCUUUGGAAACUCUGCGGAUGUCGAAGGUUUUCGUCCGUCACUUGUCGCUAAUUGUGUCUUCAACAGUUUUUUGAGUUAUACAACAAUCAUUUUGAACAUCGUUACCAUCCAUGCGAUAAGGAAAACUGCGUUGUUGCCAAAACCUUUGGGAACAUUAUUACUGAGCCUGGCUGCCUCCGAUGUCGGCGUCGGUUUGUUGGCACAGCCGCUCCAUAUUUCUAUUCUAGUCAGCAGGUUAAAACGAAGCCGUAUCGACCCCAUUUCCUUCAAGGGAUUGAUGGCCGUUAUGACUUUCUUUUGUGCAUCUUCGCUCUUCAAUGUUGUAACUAUAAGUGUGGAUAGGUUCUUAGCUGUUCAUCUUCAUCUCAGAUAUCAAGAGCUUGUGACUCACAAGCGCGUCAUUGCAGCGGUGAUAUCAAUAUGGCUGUUAAGCGCAAUUAUUUCUUCCAGUGUCUUUUGGGUUCCAUACAUCAUCUCACGAGUCAUAUGGCUCUUGAUUAUGACUGUUUGCCUCAUUGUAGUAGUAAUUAUCUACUGGAGGAUUUAUAUAGUCUUAAAGCGACACAAAAACCAGAUUCAAAGCCUUCAAAUCCAAGAAGUACAACAGGGAGUUCAAAAUGGCGACUUAUCAAACUUUUUGAAGCUUCGAAAGUCAGCUCUUGGAACAUUUUAUGUAUGUAUUGUGUUCUUGAUUUGUUUCUUGCCUUUCUAUAUUCUCUCUUUUUUACUCCUUUCUCACCCUUUAAACCUGAUCUCUUUAUACGAAGCUCGGCUCUAUACAACGACUUUGUUUUUCCUCAACUCGUCUUUGAACCCUGUUAUAUACUGCUGGAAGAUGGAACCCAUUCGUCGCACUCUUAUGGACAUAAUGCGAGGCAUCGUCAAUCGGUUCAGAGAAUAGCAUUUGUUAUGAGUAAUUGUUGUUGUAAAUAUAAGCUUCUAGAAAUCUCCGGACUGCUUAGUCAUGCUGACACGAGUACCAUAGAACUUUCCAGAACAUUUCAUCAAGUCACGCAAUUAUUGCGUAAUACUACUGAAAUACUUCUUUUGUAAGCUUCCAGAAUGUUCCAGAGCACUUUUUGAAUGUAUAUAAGGACCCAGUUAUAUAGUAGUAAUUGUAAUUUUUGUUAUCGGAAAGCUUCCUCGCCGCUUCAAGUAUUAUUUCAAGUUUGUUAUCAAUUAAUGUAUAUAUUUGUACUUGUCGAUAGGAUAGUUAAUUUUUAACCUUGUGAAGUGUAUAGCCUGUGAGUUAAAUACAAAACCGAUUUUUAGGUCGCUUUAUAGUGUAAUAGGGGCCAGGAGUUCAUCAGUGUCUUUACUAUAGUUAGAUAGAACCCUCUUUAAAUAAAGCCUUUACUUACUUGCGAUCACACAUAGACGUCCAGAAUUCAGUUGUGCAGUUUCUGAUAUAAAGAAUAACAUUAAGUCGACUAGACUUGAUGGUUGUCCAUCGGACUGAAAUUCUUUACCUUGUCAACAGUAACCCGGGAAAUCACUAACUAAGGCAAAGACAGAAUGUUAUACAUUUUAUGCUACUUGCACAAAGUACAAGGAGCUCUACGCCUUUACUCAGACGGUUAGUUGGUUUUGAAAAAUUUAGGCUCAAUUUUCACCUUUUUUUUAGUUGGAAGUGAAUAUCGCUGUAAUGCAGAGUAAGUGGGACGUUUUAUUUCUAUUGGAAAUUGCCUUUUGUCUUCCUUUGAGAGCUGUUUAUCUCACCUGCAUAACUCUCGUUUCUCCAAUUUUGUUGAUAUAGCAAGCUGAAUACGUCACGCACCAUGGCUCUUACUUAUGACUUACUGGAGGACGGACACAAAGAUGACGUCACCAUGAACAAGUUUUUUUCUUUUUUUAUUAAAUAACACAAAUGGGUUCCAUGUUGCCGUGAGUCUGUACAGUAAUAGAUCACAUGACGUUACAUAAAUGAUGACGUCAUCACUAAUAUAUCACUAUGUCUGAUAAGAUUUGAUCAAAGAUGUACCUCAUAAGCAAUUUGAUAUCCACUCGUGUAGCAAGCAAUACUCAUCUGAAUUUUACGUAUAAUAGGAAUUAUAGUAAUCAUUGGGAUGUCUCGUAAUAAAAUUUCUUAGCGCCUUACUUUUAUUACAAGGCCAUCUGCAAUCCUUUAGCCGAAUUCGUUUGAUUCGUUUCGAUCGUUUUUUCCAUGAUUCAGUUUUUGUUGUCAGGCAGAAUUUUCAACACCAUCUUAAUUUAACUAUGCACAGGUAUUUCGAAACGUCAGCUUUAAAACUCUUUACGGUGGCCAGUUUACGUUAUUAACUCAGUUGAUAAUACUAAAUUACCCUGUUAUACUCUCCCACCGACGCAGCACCACAGUUUCUUAAGAAACUUACCUUCCUUAACCAAAGUAUAUGUUAAGCAAGAUAGAAAAACAACCAAACGGAAAAGAUGAACCUAACAUUUCUCAGUGUGUUUGCGGGUUGCGUAGAUUUGCGCCUAUUGCAAAUGACCAUCUUUAACAUUCUUGGUUUAGUUUAAGGAAGCCUUUUAAAAAGUACUUAUUCAUUUUUAGAGGGUUUGAAGGAAGGCAUUUGCCCAAUUCCUCUCCCGGUCGAAGAUUGCGGAAAUGCGACUGACGACGAGUGUAGUUUGGAUUCAGAUUUUUUUGGUGAAAUAAAAUGCUGUUCGGAUUCUUGUCAGAAGCUGUGUGUUAGCCUGCACAGAGUAAGUGGUCUCCUAUAUAUUUCCUUUGUUGUCGCCUUUUAUAACUUGGAGACUUUGGAAGUGUAAAAAAAGAGAUGCAAAGAAGGCUUUGUGUAACAAUACCCCUCCGACCCCUCCCCCCCAGAAAAAGUCGGAAAGUCUGCCAAGAAUUUCUGGCUGGGAAACGACAAAAUUUAUCGUAUCACCACAGCAAAUGAGACGUAGCUGCGAAUCGAGCUGGAGGAUUGGAGUGGAAAGAGAUUUUUCGUUCAUUACGACGUGUUCAAGGUAGACAAGGAAAAAACAGUUACAAGAUCACGGUCAUCGGUUACAAUGGUACAUACGGGGAUUCGUUGAGGUACCAUAACAACAUGAUGUUCAGCACCAGAGACAGGGAAAACGACUUGUGGAAAACGGGAAGCUGCUCAAAUGAUCUAACGGGGGGAUGGUGGUUUAACGAUUGUCACAACUCCAAAAGCUUACAGUGGAAUUGGCUGGGUUCGAUUUAAACAUAAUCUCUCCUUAAAAUUUGUGGAAAUGAAGAUGAGAGCUUAGUCCUUCCUGAAAGAAAAAGAGGAUGAAAGGGAGAAAUGAGACAAAUCUUAUUUUGCACAAAUUCGUAAAACAAUUUUGAGUGUAUCUAUAAAGUAUUUCUUACAAAAAAUUUGUAACGCGUAACUGUUUCGUCCACAAACAUAAGAGCUAAACCGUUAUGCCCCGCUCUAGAUAACUAACAUUACUAUAUCCCUCGAUUAGUACAUGGAAUAUGAUUGGUCAAUUUAGCAGGCUGUAUAGCACUGUACGGCCCGCUAAACUCAAAGGUUUGUGGUUAAAGCCACUCAAAGAAUGUAAUAAACUGAAACACAUGAAAAAAUUCGCGGUGGCUUUCAUCUGAAUGGUCAAAGGCUGGUUUUAGACUUAAAAGUUAGAAUUAACUAGUGGUUCUUGAUAAACAGUAAACAUGGAAGUACUAAUAAAAAGCUUUUAUUUAAUUACUCAAAUAACAUAUAGAGAAUAAUACAUGGGCGCGCGUAGAUAUGGAAUUUCUUUUCGAGUGUUUAACUCGAUAGCAGCGAACGAGCGAGAUGUUGCGUUGAAUACGAGAAGAGAAAUUCCAUAUCUAUAAGCAACCAUGUAUUAUUUUGUUUAUCAUAUAAACACAGUAGCCCUUUACUGAGAAGAAAAGCCGACUUCGUUAAUGAAUAAAAAUAAAUGAGUCGACAAUCCCCGAAUAACAUUCGUAAAGUGCGUUGGCGCUCACUUUUAAGAUGAAAAAAUGCGUCGAACCAUCAUUACAAAAACAAUGGUCGUAAUUUUCAUAAAAUGUCAAAAUAUUAAUGGCCAUUGCUAAACUUUUUCUCAGCUAGGUGCAGCUGUUCAUAAACUGAAGUGGAUCUGUCUGAUUUGUCUAAAGAUUUGUCUGGAGGUAGUCAAAGUGAAAGCCGAACGCGGUCGUCUAUAAGGGGGGAGGGCUAUCUGUAUCUGUAUCUGUAUCCACCACUGGAAAAUAUUCCCAAGCUACUCUAAAACGAUUGAAAAAUUUGUAGGUAUUAUCUCAGUUUAGUGAGUUUGCCGAACAUUCUGAUUACCUCCUAGAUCCGCCACAAACGAGUGCGUAAUUUAUUCGUAAUAAUUAUUUUUGUCUCUCUCCCCACCCCUCAUCAACCAUAAAAUGCUCGGUCUCUGAAGAUGAAUUCAGUGUAUUCAGGCGAAUUUAAUAAUUAAGAAGUAUAUGUCAGACACUCUUUAAUUUAACUGACUAUAGUGUUUCUUAUAUUCAUUUUGAUAGGUGAAAAAUAUGUUAAUGACAGCCCUCCUCUAAAUAACUUUUUUCAGGUGUAAAUGCCAUGUUUAGUUAAAAUGUAAUGAAGCAUUAAACAGAUAAUUGUUUUAGUUCUAACUAACGCCGAGUUAAAGCGAUACUCGAUGCUUUUUUCAAAAAUUCAUGUGGCAGAGAUGAAGACAUCUUGAAUGUACAUACAGAUGGCUUCGAUGGUGUUUUGUGCUCGUGACUGACAUCUACAUAUGACUUAAAAUUUUCAAUUUUUAGAAUUGGAAAAUUUCAGGGCCACAGUAGUUUUAACGCUCAGAUCUCAUGGCUGAAAACGUUUGCGACAAUCUCAACGAGCUUUUCUUUGGAACCUCUACGGAUGUUGAAGAUUUUCGUCCGGUGCUCGUCGCUAAUUGUGUCUUCAACGGCUUUUUGUGUUAUACAACCAUCAUCUUGAACAUCGUUACCAUCCAUGCGAUAAGAAAAACCACGUUGUUGCCAAAACCUUUGAGAACAUUAUUACUGAGCAUGGCUGCCUCCGAUGUUGGCGUUGGUUUGUUAGUCCAACCUUUCUACAUUUCUACUUUGGUCAGCCGGUUAAAUAAAAAACGUAUCGACUGCAUUUCCUACAAGAAAUUGUUGGCCGCUAUCAAUUUCUUUUGUACAUCUUCGCUCUUUAAUGUUGUAACCAUAAGUGUGGACAGGUUCUUGGCUGUUCACCUUCAUCUCAGAUAUCAAGAGCUUGUGACUCACAGGCGCGUGAUUGCAGCGGUGAUAUCAAUAUAG